AUGACGGCAACACUACCGCCUGAACUGUUAUUCCAGAUCGCAACUCUUCUGCAAAAUGAUGGAAAUUCUCUAGUUCCAUGCACUUGUGUUUGUCGCUCAUGGCAGGCGGCUUUUGAACCCCUCAUCUACUCCAACCUAGCUGUCUAUAGUGACGAUGAACACAAAGAAGAGGGGCAACGUGAAAUUUCUCUCCAAAAUUUCCAAAAGCUCAUAUCCGGCGAUCAUGCUAUACGGAAAACCUACCUCCGACAGCUUGAAUACAAUAUCCUCGUCCCCUACGAAGUCUUAGACUGGAUCGCACGCAAACACUGGAAGAGUCCUGAAAAUUAUAGUAUAGAUAACCCUAUCCGAAAGGACAACGAUCUAGCUUUUCAGACAGCUAUGGUUAGCCUUUUCCAAGAGCUCCAAUCAUGGGAUCAAAAUUCCCGUCUGAGAUUAAAUCUAGCUAUUCGAGGUCGUCGGCAAGGUCUUGCACCGGAACCACAUACUCGGCACUCAGAAAUCGCCGCUGACUAUCGUUGGGAUUAUCGAGAUGGGCGUAUAUUAUCAAUUCCCCCAUACAGAGCGCGGUUCCUCAAGGAUAUGUCGGAUCUACCCUCUCUUCCGUGCAUUGAGAAGCUCUCUUUUCUAAACCGUAAUCAAAUCUGGACUGGUGCAAUGCGGACUAUAAUUCAACGUUGUACCCAAAUCGUUGAAUUGGAGCUAGAUCUUGAGGAAUUUGUCCGUCCAGACCACCUGGAGUAUAUACAGGCACGUCGCGAAGCGUUAUCUUCUUUAGUCGGCUCUAUUCCGAAGAGCCUAAGAGUGCUACUCUAUCAAGGACAUGAUGAUGCCCCGUGGAAACCGGCCAUGUCCCCACUCAAUGUCAUCCCUUCUGGUGUUGAUGGUGUGAGCUCCAAUUUACGAGAUCUCAGUAUUCACCUUCAGCAACUGAAGUUGGUGAAUACUACUAUCGCAUAUGACUUUUUGUGUCCUUUGGAUGAAAAAGGAGAACCAACUUAUCAUAACACACCGGAAGACCAAAGCGAAAUCGACGAGAUUGAAAAUUGGGAAGACGUGAUAUGCGAUGUCGAAGCGGGAUGGGGCUGGCCGGAAUUACCGACUAAAGAACAUUUCCAUCGACUUCUCAUAUCGCUCGGCUAUGCGGCCCAGCGCAUGCCCCGUUUAAAGAACGUGAAAAUUGAGGUGGAGAGCCAUCGCCAGUUUACCUUCUGUCUCCAGAACAAGGCCGACCAGAUUAUCUUGAAAUGGGAAUGUUUCCACCCAUAUCGGCCAGAUAGUCGGGUGGCAAAGGCGUGGGAUUUUGACUUGGAUGAUGUGAAAGUUCACCCUCAAUACGAGGAUGAAACUUCUGUGAUACUUCGGACCUGGCCGCCCAAUACCCCUAUCUAG